CUGAAAAAGGAAAGAAACAAUGAUUUAGGGGUCUUUCUCUGAAGUUUCUCUUAAGUGGUAACGUUGCAGAGGCUGGUGUGGCUGACAGCAAAACUGUCGAAGGAAUGUACUGCGAGUGUAUGGGAAGGAGCAUCAAUCAUCUGCAGCGUCCCCCCUUUGCUGUGCCACAGCAUGGUUGAACAUUGAGUGCUGCUGAACAUCCCCGUGGCUGUGGAGCGGGCAUUGCCCCCCGCCAGGCUGCCAGGGUAGUUGCUGCACAGGCUCUAAGAGGGACAGCCUAGCUCUGUCAUGUACAAGAAUGUAUUUAAUGAUUUUUUAGUGUAUAUAAAACCACAUGUAUACUAUGCAAUGACCAGCUCUACUGUUCUCCAGGGCAAUGAACUAUCAAGGUUGGCUGUUGCUUGGGUUCCUGUGUUGAGGCUGGUACAGAAAUUGUGUGGUUUAAUGCUGCUUUGUUUCUCCACAUCAGGAUUUUGGUGAGCCGCUAUCAUUUGAUGGUCAUCAAGAUGUGAACUCCCAGAUAGGCAGCAGAGUGGUAGUAAUAAAAAUCUGUUUCUGGGUCCAGAACUGGUUUGUAGGGUUCCGUCUCGUCCUAAGCCCAGCUUUGGUUGUUAACUAAGGUGCCCUCUGGGUGAAACAGCUUUCAGUAAAAGAGCACACAGAGCUUUUAUCCUAGGAAAAUGCUGUGUAACUCUUGAUAACGUAUUCUGUGGGGAGAGGGUGUCCUUCCAUGCCUCUAUGCAGCAGCGCGUUACUAUACACUGGUGGGGUGAUUAGUGGCCUGUUGCUGCUGGAAAAGAACAAAGACAUUCCUAUAGUGGAAUGGGGGACAGGAAGGGUGAGGGUUUGGCUGUGGCCUGAAUUCAAACACCAGUCACAUUUUGGAUUUUGCUGACACUAGUAAUAUUAUGCCUUAAUUUAGAAAGCAAAACUUAAAAAAAAAAAACGACCAAUGAGAAAAGCCCAUCCAGUCUAGGGAUUCACUCUUGACAGUUAAACUAGGGCUUCACUUGGCCCCAGCAGUACAGCAGUGCUAGACCUUAGCAACAGGAACUAUUCUGGACCAACAGCAAUGGCAAAUGGUGGAGAACCGUGCUCUUCCUCACGUGGCAGAGGCAGGCCAGAAAGGAAAGCCACAUGGCGUUGCAGUUAAAUGCACUGUUUAUGCCCCAUGGCUCAUGGCAUCUGGGGAACCUCUCAGAGCAGGUCAAAGAGAAGAACAAAGACCUGCAAUCCAUCUACACAAAAAUGGCACACAACUGUCUAAGUCAUGAUGGUCGCACACUUGCAUCGGAGCACUGGUUCCUGAGGGGCAGGCCUACGUAUGAUGUCAUAAGCCACUGGCAUCAGUAGAACCACUGCCACCAGGGCUCCAGGCACAGGUCUGCUGCUUGCGCUGGCCCCAGGUGGAGUGGUGGCAGGGCAAUGCUACUGAGAAGCACGUCCAGCCUCACCAAAUGAAGUCACAGCUGUUCAGGAAAGGUCUGCAAGAACGGCAGCAGCGUGUGCGAGCUGUUUGAAGCCUACAAGGAACAGCCACAUACCUGUGACCAGCCUCCAGGCCAUGAAGGGAAAUAAAGCAGUAGUCGUAGACAUUGGCACAGGUUACUUCAAGUGUGGCUUUGGAGGGGACCCGUGUCCUUCCCACAUUGUUUCAUCUACAGUUGGUAAGCCCAUGGCUGAGGCUGGGCGCAAUCAAAAAGAAACCUUUAUUGGAAGAGACCUUCAGAACAGCAGCGUACCCUUAACACUCAUCAGCCCAAUAAGACAUGGCGUAGUCGUGGACUGGAACUGUGUCCAAGAUACUUUGGAGUUUAUUUUCCAGAGGGAGAUGAAGAUUCAGCCAGAGGACCAUGCUGUUCUGGUGUCAGUGCCUCCCCUGUGUACCACUGCUGACAAGGAGAGAUAUGCUGAGAUGAUGUUUGAAGGACUUCAUGUGCCUGCCAUCCACACUGCCUACCAGUCCUGUUUAUCCAUGUACUCUUAUGGAAAAACCUCAGCUCUCGUGGUGGAAAGUGGCCAUGGUGCUUCACAUGUUGUUCCUGUCUAUGAAGGUUAUGUUAUACGUAGCAUCACCAGGAAAGUAGAUUAUGCUGGCUUGGACAUCACACGUUACCUCAUGAAGUUACUAAAUGAGUCUGGAAACGUGUUCACAGAACACCAGCUAAACAUCAUACAAGAUCUCAAAGAGAAGUGUUGUUACACUUCUCUGAACCUUAGAAAGGACUUGAGUUUGCCCGUUCAAAGCCAGCAAAUGAAUUAUGAGCUGCCGGAUCGACACCUUGUCACUGUAGGCAAGGAGAGAUUCCUUUGUGCUGAAGCGCUCUUCAAACCAGCCUUACUUGGCUCACAGCAGCCAGGGCUUUUGCAGCUGACACUUGCCUGCCUCCAGAAAUGUGAUGGUGACAUCAACAAAAAAAUGCUGAGGAAUAUCCUGCUGUGUGGGGGCAGUACUCUGAUGGAGGGCUUUGCUGACCGCUUCCAGAUGGAACUGGCCAGGAUGUGCCCCAGUGACAACCUCAUCAUAGCUGCGUCCCCUCAAAGAAAGUCUUCUGUGUGGAUUGGUGGGUCUAUUCUGGCCUCACUCCACUCUUUCCAGGAGCUCUGGGUUUACAGCAGUGAAUAUGAAGAACAUGGUCCCUCCUGCAUUUUUAAGAAGUGCUUCUGAGGAUGACAUGGUGUUCCUUAGAAUGACCAGUGUUGACAAAGGGUACCUGAAUCAAUUCAAGAGCACACGCCUUCUCCCCCAUGCUGUAACUCAGAUUUCUGCUGGAGCUGUUACUUUUGUGAUAUUGUGUGCCUGAAAUAGUUCUUUUCUUUUGUAUUUUGUAUUUAAUAAAGCUAGACAGCAGACAGCUGACAAACUUCUACUCUAAUGAGAAAAGCAGGCUUCCACACAGCCACAUUUGCUCAGAAAUUGGGACAUUCCUUAAGUUAACUCCCUAUUUCUGUAUUAAUGGCUUACUUCAGUUCCUGAUAACUGCAUGUUUGUACGAGCCUCCACAGAACUCUGAAGAGGAAAUUCAACACGUCUGUAAAGACAGCAGCUAAGGCAGAAUAUAUUUCAAGAUGACAUCCACCACUAAGAAAGCAGAAGAACAUCCUAGUAGAAAUCAAGGGAAAGCAGAGUCCUGGCGGCUGCUGAAAAGAAGCCAAGGUUCAGCACCUGCAGAAGGAGGAAGCAGGAGGCAGGACAUUCCCCCUUGACGCUGGGGACACCAGGUGCUGCUUCCAGCUCUACUGCUCCUUAGUCAAAGUUCACUCAGGAGGGAGAGGGGUAGGGGAAGACAAUGGAGUUCAGUGAUGAAUUUACCAUAUGAAUGAUUUAGAAAACUGGCCUUCCACUGGGGUGGCAGACUUAAAAGUGGUUUUGCCCUGAGAAAGAACAGGAAAACAUGCCUAAGACCAGAGGUCUUCAGCUUUGAAAAGAGAAGAACCCAUAUACAUAAAGGAACUGUUGUGUUUAGGCACAAGCAUGAAUCCUCAGUAAGCCACCAGUAGUUCUACCCUUUCUUGGAUUUUUUAAAGAGGGAAUCUCUUUCUAGGCUAUAGAUUAGGCUGCACAAGGCAUCAGCAUUUCCUGGCAUCAGAUUUAGGAAUGUCAGGAAUUAGUGGUGCCAGUGUUGCAUUCCAGUUGCAGGGCCAGAGCCCUCCAUACCCUGGAGAGGAUUAGACUCCCUCAUGACCCCUUUCUCCAGAUACGAGAGAUGGCUUCUGUAUUUCACCUUGGACUAUGUUCUGCUACCAUUUGGAAGACCCAGAUCCAGUAAAACACUCCUACCCUGUGCAGCCUUUCAUGUGUUUUGCCAUCUCGAGACCCUACUCUUGGAGAAUCUCUUUCCAGGAUAGUCACAGCACUUUACAACAGGCUUAAGCCAUCCCCACGCCACCCAGAAUGGGCCAUGUAAUUCAGAACAGCUGGAAAUAAGACCACUCCAAUGCUUCAUGCAACACUGGUAAAGGAUUGUUUCACCCCACUUCACUCCAACAACCCCAAGCCUGCACAGCACAUACAGUGCAAGCCCACCAGGCCAUCCCAGUACCAUGGAGUUUUUGCACGACAAAAACGACGAUCCGCAGCACUAGACACAUGCUAAUGCUGUGCAGUGAGAGCACAAGCCCACUGCUGUGUCAUUAGAGACCUCCAACAGACAGGAAGUGCCUUGUUUGUGCUGGCAUUUUUCCACAGCACCUAACUGAAAUGGCUUGCAUUGGACACAGCAGCUGCCAGGCCAAAAUUAACGGAGGGAGAAAGGGGCUGCAACCACUGAAAAGGGUUUCCAGCCUCGCCUCCAGAGCUUGUCCCCUCCCUCUGCUCCCAAGUCUGCCACUGUUACUUCUUGAGUCAGACUGCAGAAGUAUUCUGGGGUAAAACCUAAUUCUCAAGUAUGAGAUUUGAUCAGUUUCCAGCUGAAACAGUUCUGCAAUAGCACACAGCACAAUCAGGGUACAGCUCCUGAUCUGCCAGUGUUAUACGGCAGCAUUAGGUGAUCUUUAAACUGAGAUUAGUGUAGUAUUACUCAGCAGUGUGUGACACUGACACCCCCCAC